AUGGUUGAAGGCUGUCAGUGUAAUUACCAAAUCUACGAUGUGAUAUUCAUGAUAAGAUCUUUGGUUAAGAUGCACAAGAGUUUGUUUCGGCUCCCUUUUGUUCCACCACGUGAUUCUACCACCUGCGAAUUUUGUUCGAUAAACCCACGUGCAUGUCCCCUUGUACGACAGGAUAUACAAAGAUUGUUGGACGCGGGAACUAUCAUUGUUGUCCAUCCCAGAAAUCUCGAGAAUGAUGCCAAUGUUAUAAUCCCUCAGUCCAAUGUUCCUGAACCCUUGGAGAUUACAUUCGAUGGUCGCAACUCUAUAAUUUCACCUUUGGUCAUCUAUUUAUCAGGUCCAACACCGUACCAAUCUGACAAAGUCGUACCCUACAAGUACCAAGCUACCAUGAUCGAAGAUGGAAAGGAGGUUCCUCUACCUUCUAUGCCUUCUGUCGUUAACAUUAUCGAUGUAAGUGGGGUCACAAGAAGCGGGCGUGUAUUCGCUGCGGUGCCACCAAGAAAUGUUAAAGCUAUAGUUGGGAAGAAAACGCAAGUUGAGGCACCGAUUAUAAACAACGAACCUGAUUUUGUGGAAGAGUUCAGUGGGGCUAAUAUCAACUUAGAAUUCGAUGAGGUUUUGAGAUUGAUCAAGGAGGCUCUAAAAAAGGUUAUAGAGCAAUAUUAUGUCGAUCAUGACGUAAUGAUUGACCAAUUUCAUAACAUUGUCGCCAACAUAACUGUCUGCCACAAUUUGAGUUUCAGUCAUGAAGAACUCCCAGCAGAGGGCAAGAAUCACAACAUGGCUCUGCAUAUUUCCAUGAAUUGCCUUAAUGAUUCUCUAUCCAAUGUGUUGGUGGACACAUCUUCUUCACUCAAUGUCAUGCCAAAAUCAACUAUGUCCAGAUUGGCUUUUCAAGGCGCUCCUAUGAGAUAUAGUGGGGUUAUUAUUAAAGCAUUUGACGGCUCCAGAAAGACUGUCAUCGGCGAGGUGGCUCUCCCCAUGACCAUUGGUCCACAUAUCUUUCAAGUCACCUUUCAAGUAAUGGACAUCCAUACUUCUUACAGUUGUUUGUUGGGUCUCCCGUGGAUCCAUGAGGCAAUGUUUGUCACUUCGACUUUUCACCAGAGGCUCAAGUUCGUAAGGAAUGGGAAAUUGGUCACAGUAUGCAGAGAAGAGGCUUUAGUAGUGAGUCACAUAUCGUUAUUUUCUUUCGUCGAUGCUGAGGAUGAAGUUGGAACCCAAUUUCAUACACUAUCUAUUGCUGACAAAGAUGUACAAGAUAAUGGAGCUUCCAUUCAUUCCUUUAACGAUGCGCGAUAG